AUGUCUGUCAUCGAGCUCAAGAGCAAGGCCGAGUUCAACGAACUCAUCAACAAGACCCCCUACGUCGCUAUCCAGGCCCACGCCACCUGGUGCGGCCCUUGCAAGGCCAUCUCCCCCUUCUACGCCAAGCACGCCGACGCCCUCGCCAUCCCCGACAAGUACGCCUUCGCCAAGUUCGACACCGAUGACGUCCCCGACCUCGCCUUUGAGCUCGGCGUCCGCUCCAUUCCCGCCUUCUACUUCUUCAAGAACGGUGACAAGGACGAGAGCCUGGUCGGCCCUAUCCCCCCCAAGCUGAAGACCCUCGUCGAGGGCUACGCUGCCGAGGCCAAGGGUGAGGCCGGCGAGGAGAAGCCCGCCGAGGAGAAGAAGGAGGACAACACCCUCAAGACCGACGAGAACUUCUAA